AGUUAGAUAAGCGCAUUAAAGCAGAAAGGUAAAAAAAAACGAGAGAAGCCAUGGCAGGAGCAGAGCUGAAUCGCAGGGAAAGUAGAUGGUCUCUCAAGGGAAUGACUGCCCUUGUCACCGGAGGAACCAAAGGCAUAGGGCAUGCUAUAGUAGAGGAACUAGCAGGUUUUGGAGUAGCAGUGCACACGUGUUCACGCAACCUAAAAGAGCUUGAUCGAUGUUUACAGGAAUGGAAACACAAAGGUUUCAGCGUCACUGGUUCCGUAAGCGACAUGUUUCAUCCAGACCAAAGAGAGAAACUCAUGCAGAUUGUCUCUUCUAUCUUCGAUGGCAAAAUCGACAUUCUUGUGAAUAACGUUGGGACAUCAAUAGCUAGCGAAACACUGGAGCAAAGGGCUGAAGAUAUCUCCAUCGUAAUGGGUAGCAAUUUUGAGGCAACUUAUCAUCUCUGUCAACUUUCACACCCUCUGUUAAAGGAAUCAGGAAAUGGAAGUAUUAUCAAUAUUUCUUCCAUUACAAGCGUUGCUGCUACUCCUCUAUCUGCAAUCUAUGCUGCUUCUAAGGGAGUAAUAAAUCAAAUCACAAAAAACUUGGCAUGCGAAUGGGCAAAGGAUAUGAUUCGGGUUAAUGCAAUUUCACCAGGGCUAAUAGAUAUCUCAAUGAUCCACGCUAUAAAGGCAAAUCCUGAACUAGAUGAUUAUUUAUAUCGAUUUAUUUGUAAAAUACCCAUGGCUCGCCCUGGAAACCCUAAUGACAUUUCAUCAGUGGUGGCUUUCCUUUGCUUCCCGGCUGCUUCCUAUAUUACUGGUCAGGUUAUUGUUGUUGAUGGAGGAUUUACUAUCAAUGGAUUUUGCCUUCCAAAUAAUAAAAAUUAG